GUUGUCAUCACCAGGUGUGCUUGAUGGGUAUGUCCAGACUUGCCAAAGUCUGACCGUGAUCACCACUAAAACUGAGAGCAAUGUUGAAGUUUAAAUAUGGCGGCCGUUGCCUUAUGGACAUUGGACCAGGUGAACCAAUCACCAAUCGCUGUUCCAGAAUGAACUUAUUUUUUCAGGGAAAGACUUCAUUUCCAGGUCGAAUGCAUCAGCAAUCUUGCUGCUUAUUGACCAGAGAAGGACUUCUGGAUGCAAUUUUUGUCCUGUUUAAUGAAUGUAAUAACCCUGAACUGUUAAAGGUUAAACACGUUGCCAACUUUGUGAAAAAGUACAGAGAUAUCCUGACCGAAAUGCGGGAGUUGCAGCCUUGUGCUGAUGAUUUCGAAGUGCAAAGUGUGAUUGGUCGUGGUGUCUUUGCAGAAGUGCAGGUUGUACGCGAGAAAGCCACCAACAACGUUUAUGCGAUGAAAGUGAUGAAUAAGCAAGCGCUGGUCGGACAGGAUAACGUGGUGUUUUUUGAGGAGGAAUGCAGUAUCCUGUCACGCAGCACCAGUCCCUGGCUGCCAUUAUUACAGUACAUAUUUCAGGAUAAGGCUUAUAUCUAUCUGGUAAUGGAAUACCAACCGGGAGGGGACCUAUUGGCACUCCUGAAUCGUUACGAUGAUCAGUUUGAUGAGAGUAUGGCUCAAUUCUAUCUGGCUGAGUUAGUUCUAGCCAUUCAUAGUGUUCACCAGAUGGGCUACGUUCAUAGAGAUAUCAAACCUGAGAAUAUCCUAAUUGAUCGAACAGGACAUAUUAAACUGGCAGAUUUUGGAUCAGCGGCCAAACUGACUGGAAAUAAAACGGUUAGCUCAAAGUUACCAGUUGGUACACCAGAUUUCAUGGCUCCUGAAGUACUGACUGUACUGAAUGGUGAUGGAUGUUCUUCAUAUGGUGUGGAAUGUGACUGGUGGUCUCUAGGUGUGAUUGCUUAUGAAAUGAUUUACGGGAGGUCGCCAUUUGUUGAGGGAACAUCAGCCAAAACCAUCAGUAACAUUAGAAACUUCCAGAGAACUCUGAAAUUUCCAGAAGAGCCUAAAACUAGUGAGGAAUUUUAUGACCUAUUGCAAAGUCUGCUGUGUGGGGCAAAGGAACGUUUGAACUAUGAAGGACUCAUCUGCCAUCCAUUUUUUACAAACAUCAAUUGGAACAAUAUCAGGAACAUUCCACCCCCUUUUGUACCCAAACUGGAAACUGAUGAUGAUGUGUCCAAUUUCGAUGAGCCGGAGAAAAUCUCGCGCCCGGCGAUCAAGGCACGGCCGCUGAAUAAGUCAGGUUUUACAGGAGAGGAUUUGCCAUUUGUUGGAUUAUCCUUUAACAAGACAUUGGCUGCACUCUCCUGCUCAGAGUCAGUGACAUCGAUGAUGGACUCACCAGCCAAGACUAACUCUCUGGAAAAAAAACUGCUGUUAAAGAACAAAGAACUGCAGGAAACACAGGAUACAUGUCAUAAGAUGGAUCAAGAAGUUACCCAUUUGCAACGUAAACUUUCUGAGCUGGAAACAGCACUUGAGCAAAAGCAUGUGGAACUUAAAGCAUCUGAAACCCAGAAGUCAAUCCUGGAACAAGACUUAGCCACGUAUAUAACAGAGUGUAGUAGCCUGAAGCGCAGUCUUGAACAGGCACGUGUGGAGGUAUCUCAGGAGGAUGACAAAGCACUCCAACUGUUGCAGGACAUUCAGGAACAGAGUCGCAGACUGCAAGAGAUCAAAGAACAGGAGUUCCAUGCUCAAAUGGAGGAAAUGGAGGUAACUGUACGACAGCUGGAAGAGGAUCUUGCUGCUGCCCGUCGACGGGCUGACCUCUAUGAGUCUGAACUCCGGGAUACUCGAAUUACAGCAGAUGAGUAUAGGCGGAAAGCAGCUGAAUCCCAGCAGAAACUACAGAAGACCAGAGACCAAGGAAAAGCUGAAGUUGGAGAGGUGUAUGCCAAAUUGGAAAAGAUGAAUGCAGAACAGCAGAAGAAAAUACAGGAAUUACAGGAAAAACUCGCUAAGGCAGUGAAAGCAAGCUCUGAAGCUACAGAUCUUUUACAGAAUGUGCGUCAAGCUAAAGAACGUGCAGAGAGAGAUCUUGAGAAACUACAGGGUCGUGAGAACUCCAGUGAAAGUAUCAGGAAGAAACUGGUGGAGUCUGAGGAACGCCGCAAGUCUCUGGAGAACCAAGUGAAGCGACUUGAAAUGGUAGAGCGGAGAGAAAACAAGCUAAAGGAAGAUUUGCAGACAAAAUCUCAGCAAAUCCAGCAAAUGGCUCAGAAAAUCCUGGAGUUAGAGGAGAGCUGGUGUGAGGCUCAGGCAACAACUCAACGCAUGGAAACCAAUCUUCGACAGAAAGAACAGCUCUAUGAAGAUAAAAUGAAGGUCAUGGAAGCUCAGUUGAAGAUGGGCAUUGCCAAUAAGGAGUCCUUAGAAGAUUCUCGCCUCAGGCAUGAGGAGGACUCACGUAAAAAGUGCAAACUGAUAGAUGAUCAGAAAGCGACAAUCAAUGCCAUGGAUUCGAAGAUAAAGUCUUUGGAACAGAGGGUAGCAGAACUCUCAGAGGCAAAUAAACUUGCAGCAAACAGCAGCAUCUUUACCCAGAGAAGCAUGAAGGCACAGGAGGAGAUGAUUGCAGAGCUCAGGCAGCAGAAGUUUUAUUUGGAGGCUCAGGCAGGGAAGCUGGAUGCUCACAACCAGAAACUGGAGGAACAAAUGGAUAAAAUCAACCAGGAUGAACAAAGCAGCAAGAACAAAUUGUUAGAGCUUGAAACCAAGCUCAGGGAGGCCAGCUUGGAACAUGAGCAGCAGAAAUUGGAACUGAAAAAACAGGGGAAUGAAUUGCAAUUAGCCUUGCAGGAGAAGGAGGCUCAGAUUAGGAGUCUGCAAAGCACAAAAACUGCCCUGGAGAACCAAUUGCAAAUGGCCAAGGCAGAGCUGGAAGAGACGACUGCUGAGGCAGAGGAGGAGAUCCAAUCUCUGAGGGCACACCGUGAUGAAAUUCACAACAAGUUUGAAAGCCUUCGAGAAAGUUGCACGGUUAUUUCAGAUCUGGAGGAACAGUUAAACCAAGUGAGCCAGGAAAAUGCUGAGCUGAACAACCAGAAUUACUACCUGACCAAGCAGCUGGAAGAGUUGUCUUGUGUUGGAGAUGAACGAGCCCAGCUCCGGCUGGAAAUGGGCAGGAUGCGCCAGGAGCUAUCCGACCAAGAGCUCCAGCUCAGUAACCAAAAACAGACAAUCGAGACACUGAAGACAACCUGCUCAAUGCUGGAGGAGCAGGUGAUGGAUCUGGAGACGUUGAAUGAUGAGCUUCUUGAGAAAGAACGGCAGUGGGAAACCUGGAAAGCUGAAUUUGAAGAAGAAAAAACACAACUUGAGCGGCGCAUCCAAGAAAUGAAGAAACUACUGGAUAUUGAAAAGCAGAACAGAAUGCGUGCAGACCAACGUGGCAAUGAGUCCCGGCAAGCCGUGGAACUGGCCGUGAAGGAACAUAAGGCUGAGAUCCUAACCUUACAACAUUCUUUGAAAGAGCAGAAAUUGAAGGCAGAAAGCCUUUCUGAUACGCUGAGUGACCUGGAAAAAAAGCACACCAUGCUGGAGAUGAAUGCACGUGGCCUUCAGCAGAAACUAGAAACUGAGCGAGAGCUGAAACACAGACUGAUCGAGGAGCAAACUAAACUGCAGCAGCAGCUAGAUAUGCAUAAAACACACAUCUUCCGCUUGACUCAAGGACUGCAGGAAGCCCUGGAUCAGGCUGACCUGUUGAAAACUGAACAGAGUGAUUUGGAAUACCAGAUUGCAAACAUGCAGAUGGUAUUCUCCCAUGAUAGAGUGAAGCUGGAGGGUACUAUCACACAACAAUCUAAAUUGAUUGAUUUCCUACAAUCAAAGAUGGAUCCACCAAUUAAAAAGAAAAAGAGUUUGUUUGGGCGUCGGCGUGAAGACCCUUCUCUACCUGUCCAGAUUCCCAUGCAGUACAAUGACCUGAAAGUAGCCUUAGAUAAGGAGAGAUGUCGGAAUAUGGAGCUAGAAGAUGCAUUACAGAAAAUCCGUGUCGAGCUGAAAUGUGUGCGGGAGGAAGCUGCUCAUCUAAAAACAGUGGAUCAUCAGCCACAAUCUACACCAGCCACAGCCAGGCACCAGAUCAUUAUGUCUGCUAUUGUACAGUCCCCAGAACACCAACCAAGUCCCAUCACCCUGCUGGCUCCUCCCUCUGGCCACAGAAAGGAGUCUUCCACCCCUGAAGAGUUUGGUCGGCAGUUGAAGGAACGUAUGCACCACAAUAUUCCUCAUCGUUUCACGGUUGGCCUGAACAUGAGGGCCACAAAGUGUGCUGUUUGCCUGGACACUGUACAUUUUGGUCGUCAAGCAGCAAAAUGUGCAGAAUGUCAAGUGAUGUGCCAUCCUAAAUGCUCCUCUUGCCUACCAGCAACAUGUGGGCUCCCCGCAGAAUUUGCUACACACUUCACAAAAGCAUUUUGCCGUGACAAAAUGAACUCCCCCGGUUUACAACUAAAGGAUCCAGUAGCCAAUGUGCACCUGGAAGGCUGGAUGAAGGUUCCCAGGAAUGGAAAGCGAGGGCAACAGGGCUGGGAGCGGAAGUACAUUAUCCUGGAAGGAUCAAAAGUUCUUCUUUAUGAAAAUGAUACAAUAGAUGGUAUUGCAAUUCUUGAUGACUUGCAAGAAAGUGUGUCUAGUUGGGUUGCUACCUGAUAGUAGCUAUCUUCCAUAUACAUGAACUAACAGAGGG